GCAAAAUACACAUUUUUUGUUGUUUUAUGAUCUUAUUUUUUUUCUUUAGCAAAUGCACAAAUGGAGUACUGAACUGCAAAGAGAUGAUAUCUACAACCACAACAACAACAGCAGGAACAUCAAUUCUUCCAACUGAAACAACUCCAGGUCCAACUCCUACAUCACCUGUUACGACAGGAACAACAUCUUCAGUAGGCCCAACAACAUCAGGUCCAACUCCUACAUCACCUGUUACGACAGGUAAAGAUUUUUUUUUUUACUUAACUAUGUAACUUGUCAAAUUGCAGUGCACUUGAGAAGG